GACACCACAAGUCUCAAGCAGAAGGCCAUCGCAGAGGCCAACGACAAGAUCGAGGUACUGAAGGCCGACAUCGAGAAGUAUUUGUCCGACGCCGAGCAGCUGAAUAAGGAGAUCGAGGGCCACGACGCGGACAUUAGCGCCUGGGACGGAGACAUGGUUGCUGCUUCCAAGGUGCGCCAGCUCGAGAAGGCGGACUACGAGACCCUGCACACGGACUACUCCGAGUCCGUUAGCGCCCUGCAGCGGACGAUCGAGGUUCUCAAGAAGCAGGCCUACAACCGCCCGCAGGCCGCAUUCGUGCAGCUCGCGGACCUGAACGGCCUGAGCCUCAUCCCGCCAGAGGCCAAGAGGGCCAUUGCCGUGUUCCUUCAGCAGGACCCUGAUGCGGCCGCCGAGGGCUUGGAGGUCAGUGCCCCCGAAGCCUACGGGGACGAGUUCCAGUCAAAGGGCGUGGACCACUACGACAACCACGUCCACGGUAUCGGGCACGUGUGGUUGGGCCUCGAGGUAUCCGAUUACGGGAGUAAUUCUCGGAAAAGAAGCUUCGAGGUGCUGAGGGUUGUCAGCGUUAAUUAUUUUCAGGCUGCUCUGGAUAUCUACUCCGAGGGGCCCCAGGACCAUCCGAUGAACUGCGAGAUGCAGAUUCAGGACGUUCUCGCCAGGCCAGGUUCAGGCCGGCCGGUGCUCGACAGGCUGCGGUCCAUCAUCAAGGCCGCGGAGGGCGGCCACCUGGCGCUGUACAACUUCAAGGCGAAGGGCAACAACAACACGAAGCCGGCCGCCUCUGCAGGCAAUGGCCGCGGCAACAACACGGACACGGACCCACCUCAAGGCCCCGGCAAAUGUCGCGGUGGCAACCUGCACAAGAAUGGGAAGGGGAAGGAUUCCGGGGGCCGGUCCGAGGCCAACGGGAAGCUGCGCAGCGCUUCUUCUUCUUCGUCUUCCACACCGUCGGUGAUGUUAUGCCAGCGCGACUGGCCUACGUUCCACGUCGCCGUCGACAUGAAACUGCUGACCAGCCUCAGGUCCGGCGUCAUGCCCACGUCGGAUGCCCACACAGUGGCCGUAGCCGACGAGCCUGUGGCCAAAGAGCUCCUCGCCUUGUGGUGCUCACACAUCGGUCAGAAGGACCCCGCGAUCCUCGCCGGGCAGAGUCUUACGGUCGCCAUCCCGUUCAAGACCAUGGACGAGGCGACCAAAUGCGCCAUCGACAGCGCCAGCUGCACCCCCAGGUGGGUCACUUUUCGGGAAGGCAAUCCUGUUACUUACUCCCUGCGCCCUGCCUCUUGCUGCAAGGUCGGCAAUGGUGCUCCACUACAGGCCCCUGCAGUCCCGACCGUGGAGCAGCCAAAGGGCGCCCCCUCGAAGCCCGAGGGCCUGACAUCGAUCCGCGUGAGUGUCUUUGCAAAGUAUCUGGACGACUCGCUUUCCCACAUCACGGCCGGCGCCGCGCUCAAGAGCAUCUGGCCAGUCGACCUCAAAUCGGUUCAGCUCGGCAAGUGGUCUUUCACCGUCAAGCCAGGCACGAAGGACAAGGACGCGAUGAGCCUCAUCGCCAGUGGUCCGGAGCAGGGCGUCGCCCAGCUCUUGGCCCUCUCUGGAAGAGGCGGGGUAUUUUUCCAACGCCUCGCUCGUGACCGUGACGCACGCCCACGCACUACGAUCCAGUGGGUCACCCGUGAAGACGUGGACACGGACAAGCAAUACCUCAAACGAGUUCUGGACCGCUGCGCCCAGGAUGGAGGCGGACCCCUCGUUCACAGGAUGGGGGGCAAGCACGACCUGGGCUUCGAGAAGAAGACUCAGGACAAUGUUCGACGUCAGCCGCCGCUUGUGUGGCGGGUGCAGACACCGCGCUGGUGGGCCGCGACACAGGUCGCGGAGUUCCUCACAGCCAACACCUGGACCGACCCAGACGUGCAGGUCAUGCUCGGCCCGGGUUCAUGGAGGGUGAAAUGCACGGAGCGACCCAACGAAACGUGCAGCUACAUCUACCUCCUCGACGACAAGGACAAGGUCAAGGUCACGCCGGCCACUCGCAAGAUGGCAACCUCGACCCUGGACGUCUUCAGCACCUCUCGUCGACCGGGCCUCCCUUGGCGGCCGCAGGACCACGACGACGAGCAACCAGCCAAAGCCAACGGCAAGGGCGCCGACGCCAUGCAAGUGGAGCCGGACGCUACAAAGACCGAUGGCGAACCAGCAGUUGGUGGAGGGAAAGGCGGCGAUUCGCCACCUGCGAGCCUCGGCGCCGCCACUCGGCGACAGGACGCCCCUCCAGCCGGUGCCAAGCCGACCAAGAUCAUGAAGAGGGAUCAGUGGAAGAUCACGGAUUCCAAGUGCCUCCUCAAGGAUGCGAUCGUGCAGGAAGCUGGCGGCGCCGGCGCAUGCGGGCACUGCGCCUGCGUGCUCGGCGGCAGGCUCCUCAAGGACAGCACCUUCUCGGACCUCGACGUGGUGCGCACGGAGGCGCUCACGCUCAGGAUCCAGACGGCCCAGUUCAUGGACGCCGACGACGACUGGGCGGAGUUCUGGGCGGCCGACCCGGACAACCUCAGCCAUACGGGUUCCACGUUCCGCGAGUACCUCGCAAAGAUGAAGGUCUCGACCUUUUGGAUGGACGAGCUGCAGCUCAGAGGCGUGGCUGCGCGCAUGAAGCGGUGCGUCACCGUCCUCUUCAAGGACUCCUCUGGGAAAUGGGCACGCCGCUCGUUCGGCGCAGACUAUAAAUCCAGAGGGUGGAUUGCUCUGAUGCUCCAAGACGGGCACUUCCAGACGAUCAGGCCCGACAAGCGUUGGCCGCCGGAGCUGGCUCGCGACGCCCGCCGCCGCCGCGGCUCCAGCAGCGGCGCGCACACGUACUCCGGCGAGGGCGUCUAUGGCCACACCGUCGCGGAGGGCUUCAGCUUCACCUCGGGCCUCGUCUGCUCGUUCGCUCCGCUCUUCUGCCCCGCAGAGAGCGCCCACUGGGACUUCUUCUGGGGGUGCUUCGCGGGCAUCUUCUGCACGUUCGGGGGCCUCCCCCCCUCGACCUCCACCUUCCCCGGCGGCCGCGCGGAAGGCGAGGAAGGCCACGUCUUCUUCUCAGAGGGCGGCUUUGGCUGCACCACGGGCCUCUUCCGCUCGUUCGCCGCGCCCGUUUGCUUCUCAGAGGGUGCGCACUGGUGCUUCUCCGCCAGCGUCUACGUCACGGGGUGCUUCGAGGGCAUCUUCUGCACGUUCGGGGGCCUCCUCCCCUCGACCUCCACCUUCCCCGGCGGCCGCGCGGAAGGUGAGGAAGGCCACGUCUUCUUCUCAGAGGGCGCCUGCCGCUUCGUCGAAGCGCCCUCGGGUCCGGCGGUUGACUUCGAGACCUACCUGCUGUCGUUCCGCCACAACUUCGCACGCGCGGAGAGGCAGGUCUCCGACGCGGACGCCAAAUUCUUCUACGACACUGUCUCCUCGUGCCUCGACUGGCUGACCGCGCACCCCGAUGCCACGGGGAGGGAUGUGGAGAUCCAGCGCCGCCAGUUCGAGAUGACAGUCAAGGACAAGUGCGAGCAAUACUACUUACCAGGCGAUGUGUUUGCCUGUCCCUGCGGAUGGCGGGUCGCCGGCCUCCCAGGGAAAGCGAGGGAGCACUACAGGGCCGCUGCGAAGCAUUGGGCUGAGUGCCAGCCGGGAUCCAGAUGGAUGCCCGAGAACUCGAAGCAGGUGAGGCGCCGCCUCGACUACGCCCGGCCCGCGGCGUACAAGGCGCGGGAGGAGAAGGCGUGGAAGUCUUACCUGCAGCGGAUGGUUGUUCUCCCGGCGCAUCUCCGGGACAUCACCCACGACCUCGACAAGAGUACGGCGACCAGGAGCAAGAGCCAUGGUCAGACGUACAGGAUUGUGCACGCGUGCAAGAACUGCAGCUCCUGCGUCACCACCAGUGGCGCGUUCUUCUCCCCAUGCCGUGCUGCACCCAUCGCCAAUCGCAUGGCCACCCUCGACUACAGGGCGGCCGUCCGCGACGUCUUCAGCACGGCCAAGCUGGUCGAUAAGCGCACCAAGUUCACCAACGUGCGGGCCGCGAACCCAGGGCCACGGCGCAAAUCGAAGACUAAGCCUCCGCAUGCGCCGGAUGGCCUGCGAGUCUGGUUCUGCAACACGAACGGGCUCACCGACAGUCAUGGCAAGGGAAAGUGGGACAGGAUCAGGGGGCAGCUCGAUGCGACCCGCGCCCACGUCGGCUGCAUUGUCGACACGAACAUUGACGAAUCUCGCACCAGCAGCUUCGGGAAGUUGGUUACGUCAAUUUUUCCAGCAUAUCUCGCGGUGCCAGCGCCCCCUGGUGGUCGCCGGGGCGGCGUGGCAUUGUUUGGACCUGAUGAGUUACGUAAGGAUCCAUGGAAAUGGUCGUCUGAGUUCGACGGCAGGGUGGUCUCCGGCAUCCCGCACGCCAGCGGCUCCGACAUGAUCAUCGUCGGCGUUUACAUGGACGUCAAGGACGCACACGCUCGCAGGAAGCUUGCGGACGCCAUCGCGGUCCGAGCGGCCGCUUCUGGCCUACCAGCCCUCGUUGUUGGCGACUGCAACGCGGAGCCGUACGACGGGGAGCUCUCGCCGUGGCUCGGCCUCAUGGAGUACGCACACGAGAAGGCUCAUACCUCUAGCACAUUCUACACUCACGGGGACAAGAUGAUCGACCUUGCCAUGGUCCGGUACCUCGCCGUCGAAUCCGUUUCCCUCGACACCAAGUUCAGCGACCACGCCCCUGCGGUGGUGCAUUUUCACCUCGAGCCGCAGGCGGUCGUUCAGACGAUCAGAAAGUGCCACCCUCUGGAGAUCCCUGACGACUGGGAGGAAGAGUGGCGAUCCGCCGCCUCAUCCCAUGCAGCGGUCUGGGAACGAGCACUUCGGGAAGGUGACGUCGACCUUCUCUGGGAGACAUGGUGCGACUGCCUGGAGGCCUCGUGCGGGGUCCCUGAGGAUCAGCGCACACGGAAAUAUGGCGCCGCGCUGAAGAAGUGGCAGAGGACGUUCCGGGGAGCCCAAGGGCACCGGACGUGCGUCACGGAACGGCGGUUGCACCGACUGCUGCGACGCAUCACCGAGCAGCAGUUCAAGGACAGAACUGGGCAGGAUCACCCAGACCUGGUCCGAAGCAUUGAACGGACCAUCCAGGGCCUCAUCGCUGACGGGGUGCUGGACCAGGACACCGACAUGCUUGACUACCCGGCGCUCGGGGUCUUUCUCCAGGCGCGCUUGGACAAGAUUGGCCAGGACAACGCCGACGCGCGCAUCCAGCAGUGGCGCGCCCGUGCCCAAGUUGGCAACUUGCACGCUAUCUUCGACUACGUCAAGAAUAAGCCCUUCACCGCGGCUCCUGCGGUCGCGUCGGGUGGGCCAGGUCCGAGGGCGACGUCGAAACCGACCGCGGAUCCAUCCCGGUUGGUCGCUGAGGCCGUCAAGCAGUUCAACGCGAAGCUGCACCCCAAGUUAGACGACUACCACCAGAACAUGUAUUUCGAGAUGGUGCGCGGCUCCAUCGAGGCUAUUCCGGCCCCUCCCGAGGACUGGAGCUUCGAGGACAACAUCGGGGCGCUCCGCGCCGCUCUGCGUGCCAUCGCCUACACGGCCGCUGGCCCCUGCGACCUCGACGCAGGUCUUCUCGCCAAGGCACCCCAGGAGGCGAUCAACUCGCUCGGCGCCCUCGGCGACAUCAUCCGGUCCAGCGGCAGGUGGCCCAAGGCGCUCCUGACGGCAGUGACCACCAUGAUACCGAAGGUGCGCGACGGCGCUCUCACGGACGACCUGAGGCCGAUCACGGUCGGCGCGGCGGUCUUACGGGCUUUUCAGAAGGUGAUUCUUGGCCGAUACAAGAACUGGGCCGACGAGGUGCAGCCCACGAACGCCAUUCACAACCUCUUCAGCAUGGACAUCGAGAUCGGGGCCGCCCGGGAGUCUGGCGAGCCCUUCGUUGUUCGACAGUCAGACCUGUCAAAUUGUUUCACCAGGCUGCAGCCAGAGCUCGCCCACCGCCUCGCGAUGGCGUUCGGCAUGCACGAAGUUGACAGCAGCUUCUUAUUUCUGUCGGCCGUCGGCACUUCUGCGGUCGUGAAGGUGGGAGGGUACGCCUCGGACCCCAUCUGCCCUGAACGUGGCAUGCCGCAAGGGUACCCCGCGUCGCCCCUCGCCGCCGCCCUCUUUGCCGGGGCCCACGCGCGGCGGUUGGCUGUCUUGCACAAUCCAGAGACAUUCUCGUUCAGAACGUACGUGGACGACCGCACCAUCACCUCCAGCGACAUCGACACCGUGACCGCUGUCGAGGGGUCCCUCAAGGAGCUGGACAUCGCGAGUGGCCAGAAGGAGGACCCCAGCAAGGAGGAGUGGGCCGGCCUCAACCUGCCCCCGGACCUCCUGCAGGACCGCGAGAGGGCCGGCAAGCCUCUCCGUGGACACGUGGACCUCCUCGGGGUCCGUUUUGACCUCUCGGGCGCGGCUCCGCCCUCGGAGGCCCCCAGGGCUGCCCGGCGCAAGGAGGAGCUCCUCUGCCGCCUGGGCCGGAUCCGCCGCGUGUGUGGCGGAGCUCAUUUGGCUAUUCAGUUCGUCUUCAGAGUCGUUCUCUGCACCAUGGGCCUCUUUCGCUGGGAUGCGCCGCGGUGCACCAUGAAGGACGCAGACAUCAGCUCCCUGCGCACCCGCCUGGAGCAGACCAUUUUCGGCCGUCAGCGCCACAGAACAUGGAGACACAGGGGUGCCGCCUGGUGCCUCCUCGACAAGGGAUGGAAGGUCGAGCCCAUGGGCGUCGUUUUCUCCAGCUUCAUCAGUUUCCUACGCUGUACCAGGAACAGCCACCUCCAGCCGCUCAUUCGCAGAGCCUGGAGGUCCGCGACGGGAGGGCCACCGCUCCUCCAGAGCAUGGUGGGACGAAUGCGCAGCGUCUUCGACGGCAUGGGCUGGCAGUGCGGCGACGACCCGUACUCUCCAACCUUCGCGGGGACGGCCUUCUCCAUCUCUAUCUCCAAGGGCAAGCUCGAGCACUACGUCCGCGAGGCGUGGCGCGGCUUCAUGAUGAGGGACGCCAGCGCCACCACGCAUCGGAAAGAGCGGGUGGACUUGCCGAGCCUGGACGUCAAGACGCUCCAGGAAUUCAUAGACAAGCAGCCGGGCGUGAUCGAUAUGCUCGAGAAGCUGAUGGACAAGUUCAUCGCGGAACGCACCACGCUGGAGAAGACGGAGACGAAGACGAAGACCCAGCAGGGAUUCGAGAUGCUGAUGCAGGACCUGGAGUCCUCCACUGCGCAGGCCAAGCAGGACCGCGAGGAGAAGGCGGAACUGAAGGCGAAGGCCUUCCAGGCCAAGGCGGACGCGGAGGGCGACCUGACCGACACCACGACGACCCGCGACGCCGACCAGCAGUAUCUCACCGACCUGGUCGCCAGUUGCGAGCAGAAGGCCACAGACUUCCUUCGAGUCCAGGCCAUCGACAUCAUCUCCACUGACGCCGUCAGCGGUAACGCCGAGAAACACUUGGCAGCCACCGACGAGGAGAAGGCCGCCUGCGGCUCUGAGCUCGCAGCACUGCGCUCCGCCACCAGCAGCGAGUUCCAGGAGCAGGCCGCGUGGUACAUACGGCAGCAGACAGGCAGGAUCGGCAGCCGGGUGCUCUCCACGCUGGCCGCGAGCGUGGAGGCGGACCCCGUCAAGAAGGUGAAGAAGAUGUAA